CUCUCUCUCUCUCUCUCUCCUGAAAACAAAUUAAACUCAGUUCGCCAGAAUAAGGAAAGGAGAGGAGAUAUUUAUCUUAAUUUCUUCCUUAGGGUUCCACCUAUGAAAUCUGAGAAUUACAUUCAGUUUCGAAAUCAUAGGUCGCUGCAGCUGAGGUUUUCAUUGGAGGAUGGAUUCUUCUGACUUGAACCGGUUCGAUAUCUUUGAGAUUUACCAGAGAUACUGCGUAGAUAUUACAUCAGGAAAUAAACAUGCUAGCUCAAGGGAGGAACUAGCUCAGCUCUUGAAAUUGGUGGAGUCUGGGGUGCAGAGAAGUGGCAGGAAUCUGAUUUUUGUUGACCUCUCCAAGCUCAUGGCCCAGCUAAACUUCAUGGUAGAUUCCUGUGAAUUCACUCGUUUCUAUGAUUUUGUGUUUUUUGUUUGUCGUCAGAAUGGUCAGAAGAACAUCACUGUAUGCCGUGCCUUAGCUGCUUGGAGGUUAGUUUUGGAUGGAAGAUUUAGAUUACUAAAUCAAUGGUGUGAAUUUGUUGAGAAAAAUCAAAGGCAUAAUAUCUCUGAAGAUACUUGGCAACAAGUUCUGGCCUUCAGCCGAUGUGUACAUGAAGAUCUUGAAGGUUAUGAUCCUAAAGGUGCUUGGCCGGUCCUUAUCGACGACUUUGUUGAACAUAUGUACAGAAUCACUCGAUCAAAGAGUUACAGCUAUCUCAGCUGUGGUUGUAACUGUGAACCAGAAGCUGGACCAUGUGUAUCUGAUGAUUCUCUACCAGGACUUAAUGUCUUUUCCGGGUUGAAGAGGAAAUCAAUUAUAGAGUUCAGUCAGCAGGAAGAAGAUUUAUCAAAAUACCUCUACUCAAAAACUAAUAUUUCGAAACAUUCAUUGAAUUGUAAGAAAGGUAGGAAUUCCUUCAUCGAUAAACCUACAAACUGGGAGGGCAUUAUACGAGAAAAUGAUGCAGAUGACUGCAUGGAAAUUGUCAAUAGUAAUUGCCCAGUGGAAUUCUGUAGCAACUGUCAAUGUGCCGUUGAAGGUAGCUUAUCCAAGGGCUUUGCAGGACUCCUCACAACAGGGUUUGAUAAGAAAAGUAGUGUAUCCUCUACAUAGUUGCUUUGGCAUCAAUAUAGCAAUUUAAAAAAGGAAAAAAUCAGCUGAGCGAGUAUUGAUUUAAAGGUUUUGCUUCAUUGAUGAGUGUUGUAAAAUUUUGUCAAAUUCAAUUAGUCAGAUUAAAGUGUGAUUUGAUUCA